CACACCACUCAACUCCCAGCUCCCCAACUGAGGAUGAUCCCCAAGGAACAGAAGGGGCCAGAAAUGGCUGCUGUGGGAGACCUUGCUGGACAAGUCCCCCUGCUGGACUUGGGCAAGAAGCUGAGUGUGCCGCAGGACUUGAUGAUGGAGGAGCUCUCUCUACGCAACAGCAGCAACCCGGGAUCCCUCCUCUUCCAGAGGAGACAGCGCCGUGUGCAGAAAUUCACCUUUGAGCUUGCAUCCAGCCAACAGUCAAUCACAUCCGGGAGUGGCAGUGGGAGCCAGAGUGCCCAGGGGAUGGUGGUGACCGGCGCAGAGCAGAUGGGGACGGCUGCCAAUGGACCCAAGGGGCAGAACUGCCCCUCAGAUGGCCACAUCCUCCAGGCUUCCCCCGGGGGCCCUGAGCUUGACCCAUCAACAGCAGCCGGAGCGGAGUGUGCCCCCAGCUCCAGCACUCUGGCACCAGGCUAUGCAGAACCCCUGAAGAGCGUCCCACCGGAGAAGUUCAACCACACGGCCAUCCCCAAGGGCUACCGCUGCCCGUGGCAGGAGUCGGGCAGCUCCUGGGACCGCCAGAGUCUUGGCCGAAGUCUCACACCCCGCCUGGCGGAUUAUCGAAAUUUCAACAAGACACCGAUGCCCUUUGGAGGACCUCUGGCAGGAGAGGCCAUGCCCAAAACAGGGACCCUCUUCUUGCAGGAGUUCACCAGUGGCUUGGAACUCCUCCGCCUCAGACCCAACUUCAACAGAGUGGCCCAGGGCUGGGUCCGCAACCUUCCGGAGUCUGAGGAGCUGUAGCUCCUACCUGAAUCUUGGAUUCACUGAUCCCGGAGUCUGGGUAACAUCAGAAGCCAAAACGUGUGGAUGUCACCUCACAGUUUAAGAAGGGCUUUCAGGCACCAAGUCAUUGCAAAUGGCCUCAAUGGUUACCAUGUUAAGUAGUUCCCAAGUGUGGGUGUGCUGCGGAAUUACCUGGGACAUUAUUCCUAGCACAGAUUUCUAGGCUGGCCCAGAGGGGCUAAGGGUUCUCUAUGCCUAGUCCAUAGGCCCAGGUGAUUCCACUGUAAUUUGUUGCUGGUUUGUAUCUUUAGGAAUUUAAACCACAUUGCCCCUGCUGUAUUUUCUGCUCCAUGAUUCCAGCUUAUACUCUCCCAGUGAUGGCAAGCUUACUAGCAGCCAUCUACCUAUGAAUAAUGCUGAUGAUUAGAAAGGUUUUCCUCUUAUUGAGAUGAAGUUGAAUCUGUUCUUGCUGUAAACAUUUACCGGUACUUACUUUAUACUAGAUGCUGUGCCAGCCCCAGAGAGUAUGUGGCGAGUAAGACCAGGCCCUCGUCUGGAUGAGGUAGACAGCAGUAAAUCACUGCAUUUUCCCUGUAUGCUCACUGACCUGAAGAACAAAGCACCAAGAGGCAGUGAGCUAAGGCUUUAACCCAGGAUAUGGGGUAGAGAUCUUGGAAGCUUCACAGAGGCUUUGAGCAGGAAGAGGGGCUGAUGUGGAGGGUGGAUCAGCAUGUGCAAAGACACAGAGUUGUCCUAGGUGUGGGGUGUUGUGAGGAGGGUUUUGUUAGAAGAACUGGUGAGGGCCAGAGUGGGUUAGGCUUUGCUAAGGAAAUGGGUAGUGAAUUUAAGCCAGGGAAUGUUGGUCUCUCUGCUUGUUUUUAUGUGGAACAGAUUGGAGAGAAGGCAGAACUCCUACACAAAUUAGGCCGGAACUAGGGUGGUGACCAUGGGACUGGAAAGAAAGGCACUUCAUUGAGCACCUUACAGGACAGGUUACAAAGUAGGGGCUUGCAAGGAGUCCUUUCUACCUCUCCCUACUCUCCAUCGUAAGUGGGUGCUGGGGUAGGUCCAUUCUAGUCCCUACCACAAGUAGUUUGGUGCUAUACUCUGGUCAUUAGGAAAAGGAGAAAAAAGAAUGUCUCCUAGUUCAAGUGGUGAUGGUGUUGAUGGUGAUGGUGGUGAUGAUGAAGAUGGUGAUGGUGAUAAAUAUGAUGGUGAUAGCUUUUUAUUGGGAACCCCUAUGCUUGGACUGAUCUUAGUUGUUCUACAUAUACUGGUUCUAAUUUCCAGUACAACACCAAGAGGAAAGUAUAGCUCUAUGAGCAGUGGAUAUACAGGCUCAGAAGGGGGAUAUGGCUUGUCCAGGAAAGAGCCAAAUGGGAAUCUGUCUACUUCCAUUGGGCAUCUCUCUCACUGCACUGGAGGCCAACCAAGCCAGUUCCUACACACUAUGGAACCAAGUCAUGGUAUCCUGCUUAGAGUUUAGAUGUUAAGAAGUCAGGCAGGGUGUCAACCUGGAUGGAUGACUUCUAAAUACCACUGCUAACCAUGGAAACUAAGCAAGUCACUUCUCACCUGUGGGCCUCUCUUUCCUCACCUAUAAGGCGAAGACAAAAUGUCCCUGAAUAGGGUUGUCUGCACGGUAACAGCACAUAUACAGUAAGUGCUUGGUCAUGAUUAACCGCAACAACUGCCUUUGACUGGAAAAGAUGAUCGCUCAGUGGAUGAAGCUUGAUAGCAAACUGUCAGCUGUCACUGGAACAGAAAAGUCUGAAGGAAAGUCCAUGGUCUCUGCAAGGCUCCCUUCAGACAUGAAUCACCCUCUUCCUCAUGUCCUGUCUGUCUCCUCCAGGGGUGAUGAGAGGGUCAGGAAUCCCAGGGCACAAGGAAUUGCAGUUGUCUUUUCAUUUUGCUCUGGCUUCACUGUGCCCCACGCAGUCUUAAGGGUUGUGACUAUUAACAUUGUUUGCAGUUGAUAUGUAGUCUUUCAUUUGGAGGCUAUCCUUUAAAGUCAUGUUUCCCUGGUCUGCAAACUCACCACUAAAGUGAGUGAAAAAAGUGUCUGGAAAGGAAGGGAAAACUCGGACUGUCCUAAGAUGGCCUUGCUUUGCUCUGGAGGGUAAUAGCAUCCACCAGGUACAGGAGAGAGCCUGGGAUGUGACUUUUGCUGAUGUUGUUAAAAAACAUUUACUGCAAAAUUUAAAAAAUAAUAAACGA